GGAGACCUGGGAGUCGUCUAAAGUUUUCUCCGUGGACAAAACCUCCGUCCAGUGAAGGGAGUUCGGGGUUGCCGGCUUGGCCACCUUUCUUUUUUCUUCCCGAGCUUCUGCCCCCUGCUGUCAAUUCUAAUUUCGACCCGAUCGUCGCGAUCCCGGAACCCUCCCGCUUUUAACAGCAUUUGCCUGAUAUCACUUCAGUUGCGCAAUUGCUGUAUUGUUCGUAUCCGGAUGCUAUCAGAAAAUUAACCAUGACGCCCUUUACGCCGCGCGCCAAACCGGCGCCAUCCUCAUCGAUGGACGAGGUGGAAUUGGUCGACGUUCCCGUUGAAGAGCGUCCGCCUCAGGACCGAACUGCGCGCAACGCCAAUCGCAUGAGCGUUCUCUCACAGGCUUCGACAACUUUGCUCAGAUGGGUACCCCGCGUCAACUUCUGGGUGGCUCUUAUCUGCGUUACGGUUGCGGCUUUCCUGAUGAUCCUCGAUACCUCCAUUCUCUCCACCGCCAUUCCGACUAUCUCAACCGAAUUCAAGAGCAUAGAGAAUGUAGCUUGGUAUGCGACUGCCUUUCAGCUCGCCAAUGCCUGCGUCUUGCCUUUGACCAGCAAGAUCUACACCCGUUUCAGUACCAAAUGGACCUUCAACUUCUUCCUUCUCAUCUUCAUGGUUGGAUCCUACAUCUGCAGGGCAGCUCAAACUUCGGGCAUGCUGAUUGCAGGCCGAGCGGUCAUGGGUCUUGGAGCGGGCGGCAUCUGGAACGGCGGUCUCACAAUCAUCACCGCCAUCACCAGCCCUAGGCGCCGUGCGUCCGUCAUUGGUUGCGUCAUUGCCUUUGCUCAGAUGGGUGUUGGAGCCGGACCGCUCUUUGGAGGACUGUUGACACAACACACCAAGGAUGGAUGGCGCGCUUGCUUCAAGAUCAACCUCAGAGUCGGUAUGGUCUUAUUCUUCCCGGUCAUGUUCAUGCAGGUUCCGGAGCAGAUUGAGAAGCCUCAUCCGUGGAGGGUUCUCAGGAGGUUGCACCGCGAAUUCGACCUCCUCGGCUUUGCACUUCUGGCUCCCGCCGUUUUCCUGUUCGUCUGGGUUCUCACCACCGCCCAGCUUAGCGGGCCUUUCUCCUGGAGUAGUGGCGCAAUCCUCGGAUCGCUGUGCGGUUCUGUUCUGCUCUUCGGCGUUUGGGGAUAUUGGAACUACAGGAAGGGCGACAAUGCUCUGCUGCCAGUCACCACCAUGACAAAGCGCGUCGUUUGGGCCAGCGCCUUGACACAGUGGUUCAUCAUGACAACGGUGUACUGCAUGUCCUUUUUUCUCCCGAUCUUCUUCCAGUCGGUUCAGGGAAAGACGCCCACCAUCAGCGGUCUCGAACUGUUGCCCGGCUUUGGCGCUCAGCUGUUCUUUGGCAUCGCGGGAGGUUUCUUGGUCGAGAGAACCGGUUACAUAAUCCCCUACGCCGUCACCGCCGGCAUUCUCUGCUCCGUCAGCUGCGGUCUUAUGUCCACGAUCGACAGCGGCACCCACUUCGGCAUUAUCGCCGUUUACCAACUUAUCAACGGUGCCGGCCGCGGCUUCGGCACGCAAAUGCCCACCAUCGCCGUCCAGACAGCCAACAUGCACCCAAUCGACACCACCAUCGCCAUCACCCUGCUUAUGUUCACCCAAAUGCUCGGCACCGCCCUCGUCCUUGCCUUCGCCAACAACAUCUUCGCGCACUCCAUCACCAUGGCCCUGGAGCGCCGCAUGUCCCGCGAGGAAGUUGAGGCGCUGAUCAACAACGGCACUAUUGGCCUGAGUCCCAAGCCGGAGGACCGCGAAAAGCUGGUGAAGAUGGGAGACCUAUUGAAGCACGUCAUGCGCGCUUAUCUGGAGGGCGUCCACAACGUGUUUUACCUGGCGGCGGGCUUCGGCGUGCUCGCGGUGUUGACUGCCUUCUUCCUGGGUUGGACGGAUAUUAGAAAGACGAGCAUGAAGAAGAAUUGGUUUGGAAUGUCGUCGGAUAAGGAGACGAACAAGCUUCGUAAGGGUAUGCCUGGUACGCCUGCGAGGGCAAAUACCAGUACCAGCUUUAACGACAACAUCCCCAUUGGCAACGCCAGUACAAGUCCGAUGCCCAGUCCUCCUGCCACUGCGUCUACAAAGGCAGAACGGAGAGCGAGCCGAACGAGUGCCACGGCUGACUUUGCCGAGUCCAACGUCAGUCCCACGGCCAGUCCUCUUGCCAAUGGGACUACAAAGGCUGAGCGAAGGUUGAGUCGGAUGAGUGCUACUGCUGGUCUGGCUUAGGGAUCGACAUCGAGAUCAUUCAGCGCCUUGUCAGAGUGGUUUCGCCCCUUGCUGGUGGCGGACAUGGUUCUGAAAACAGAGGGAGUGAACCAGAGUGCGAAUGACAAGAAGGUUUGGAGGCCAGGGGAGUUUUGUAGGGGUCCUCGCAAGAUCGAUGGAGAGUUCACGGCAUUAUCAGGGCGUUUGGAGCGGCAAAAUUUCUUUUGUUUGACUGGCUUUGAAGGCGGACACGAUACCCAGGGUUUGCGGAUGGCUUAUCGCAUCUCGUCUU